GUUAUAAAUAACUAGAUAGUCCUCCCUCACAAUCAAAAAUUUAAAAUACUAAUUUCUCAAAUCACAACUCCCAACCAAUUGCAUUUCUCAUGGAUUUCCUUACAAGCGCAGUGGGAUUAUUACUAGCCUUAAUCUUGUACCAUGGUAUCAAAACACUCAUCCUGAGGGGCAAAAACCUCCCGCUACCGCCAGGGCCGACGCCGGUGCCCCUCAUCGGAAACCUCCACCUGCUCGGCGAUCACCCCCACAAAUCCCUCGCUCGCCUAGCCAACAUCCACGGCCCCCUCAUGCGCCUCCGCCUCGGCUUCGUAAACACCAUCGUCGUCUCCUCCGCCGACGUGGCCAAGCAAGUCCUGCAGAAGCACGACCUGGCCUUCUCCAGCAGGACCGUCCCCAACGCCCUCCAUGCCCACGACCAUUUCAAGUACUCCGUCGCCUGGCUCCCGGUGGCGUCGCAGUGGCGUACCCUUCGCAAAGUCAUGAACUCCAACAUCUUCUCCGCGAGCUGCCUCGACGCCAACGAGCACCUCAGGAGCAGGAAGGUGGACGAGCUCAUCGAAUACUGCCGCACGGCAGGUGCGGUGGAUGUCGGCCGCGCCGCCUUUAGAACAACCCUCAACUCGCUGUCCAACACCACUUUCUCCAUAGAUUUGACGGACCCGUUUUCCGAUUCCGCUAAAGAAUUCAAACAAUUGGUUUCCGGCAUCAUGGAGGAGGCCGGGAAGCCCAACCUAGUCGAUUUCUUUCCUUUUUUAGCGAGACUCGAUCCACAAGGGAUACGGCGUCGUAUGACUGUUUAUUUCGGGAAAGUGAUCGACCUUUUUAGUAGCUUGAUCGACCAAAAGUUGGAGAAACGGAAAUGUCGUGACCAAGAAGAGACAAGUGAUGAUGUGAUCGACACCCUCCUCGACAUGAUGCCCCAAGAGAUUGACCGAACCCACAUCGAACGAAUGUGUCUGGAUCUAUUUGCAGCUGGAACAGACACGACUUCGAGCACGAUAGAAUGGGCAAUGGCGGAGGCGUUGCGGAAUCCUGAGAUCAUGAAGAGAGCGAAGGCCGAGCUGGAGGAGGUAAUUGGGAAAGGGGAAACAGUGCGAGAGGGCGACAUAUCGCGCCUCCCAUACCUACGGUGCAUGGUGAAGGAGACGAUGAGACUGCACCCGCCAGUCCCGUUCCUGAUCCCACGCAGGGUGGAGCGGGACGUGGAGGUCAUGGGCCACAUGGUGCCCAAGGACUCGCAGGUGCUUGUGAAUGUGUGGGCCAUAGGGAGGGACCCCGGCGUCUGGGAGGAGCCUCUAGAGUUCAAUCCCCAUCGUUUCAUGGAAUCAGAGGUGGACGUGCGGGGCAGGAAUUUCGAGCUGAUCCCGUUCGGGGCGGGCAGGAGGAUCUGCCCGGGGCUGCCCCUGGCCAUGAGAAUGGUGCCCGUGAUGUUGGGAUCACUGCUGAAUUCGUUUGACUGGAAGGUGGAAGGAGAGAAAGUGGAGAUGGAUGACAAGUUUGGAAUCACGUUGGCGAAGGCUCAGUCGCUCAGAGCUGUCCCCAUCCCUCUCUAAUUUCACAAAUUAAUUACCUACCCCCACUGCAAUUGGUCGGGGCUUAAUUUCCAUCACCUUGAAAUUAUGACUUUUGGUUAAGAAAUUUAGUAUAGUAUGAAUUUUAUACCAAUAGAUCAUUUAAAAUAUGUUAUAAUAAAAAAAGUCUCGCACGACCUACGACUUUUAGUUGUUAUGACCUCUUAAAUGUAGCUUCUUUUAGCAGAUG